AGGCACGACGAAGGCCAGUGCUGCUGCAGUGCAGCGAUGGGCUCUGCCCUCGAAAGGCCCGUACCUGUUUCAUGGGGCUCUCGGGCUCUCGGGCAUGUUGAUUGUUCUCUCGUGCUUCUGCUCCGACUCAUCACCUGUGCCGAGAAUCAUACUGAUUCUCGCCAUUCUUCUGCCUGUCAGGGCGGUUCAUUUUCGUGGUUCAUCGCAUCGUGUUUGCAGUUUCCUUGAUUGUUUAUUAUGCCGUGAUUUUAUAUCUUCGCUUCUGCUCAAAAUAUUCGGCACGAUGAGCGCCUGCGUUGAAGAGUUGUUCGCUUCCACGUUGCCCGGGGCAAUAUAAUUUCCGUUUCCAUGGAUGCAAAAUGUCAUUUGUAAGGGUCGUUCCCGUGGAUCGAUGAAUGUUGGGCGUAAAAGGCUCAAAAUUGAUUUUUAUUUGUUCUCAUAAAGUGCUGAUGGGUCUGAAUGGUAAAACCGUUCGGAGGUAGUCGGGAACCGCGCAUGUUCGAGUUCCCGUCUGGAGAUGUUCUUAUAUGUGUCGGAGGAAACGGAAGCAACAAUGUCGGGAAAGGCAAGAAUGACUCGAGGCGACAAAUCCGUCACGGAGUGUGCAGUUCUUUAAUCGCGCCCGAUGUGAUGCUGGUGAGGUGAUGACGGAAAGGGAAGCCAGGAAAAGGGUUUCAACGAUAUUAAAGAAAGGUUUCGGGCUGAGGAAAAAUGUUCGUUCUCUCGUCGGCCGAUGAUGAUGAUAAUGAAGGGUGCACUGGCAGCGCUUCGUAUUAAUGGUCGUCUCAAGGGACUACUACUAUAGCUAACAAUCAAUCGAGCGAGCUACUUCCCGUGGGAAAGCGAGCCCAGCUUUUGGUAAAUUAUCAUAUCUGAAAUUCUGGGGCCCUGUACCUCUGUACUUCUCCUGUACCACUUCUUCAUCUACAGCACCAAGAAAAUCAUCAUCACCAACAACGGCGUCGUCAUCGUCUUCCAUUCAGUUUGACUCCACGGCUUCAGAAUUUAUGAGUUUCCUAAGGGCAAGCACUGGGACUUCAGUCAUCUCAUUUAAGUGGCGACCUGGGUGCUGCCAGAGGGCAAAAUGCAUUUAUCGACCAUUGCUUGGUGCAAGCCAACUUGGCCUAAUGACGUCGGGUCGGGUGACAUUGAAGAAUAAUGGAUCCGAAUAGUGAAUAAGAAGGUCGUCGAAGAUAGGGGAGCUCGGCUGUGACUUCAUGCUCGCCUAAGGCUGGGUGCUCUUUUUGCUGGCUCCUUCGGCAUGUGAGGUGGGUCUGUCCUUUUUGUCCACAUCCGAGGCCUGAGAGGGCUCUCGUCGCUUACAUUGUCCUCGCAGCAUGCCAUCCGAAUUUCCAAGCCUUGUCUUCUUGCCGGAGAAGCCCAGCGCCGAUGCAAGGCAGUGCCAUCUGAAAAUCUCUAACCACACGAUGCUGCUGACCGUAGUGCUCUGCUAGGGUCAGGGCUGCCUCCAUGGCUUCGAUCGAGUUUUGAUGCUCGAGAAACUAAUACAAUAUUCACAUGCCUGUCGCUUUCCUCCCGCAGAGGAAGGAGCAAGGCAUUGAAUAAAAUCCACUGCCCGCAGAUCCCAAAACCUUGGAAAAGAGAGACACCCUCAUGCAGCCCGUCCGACCAGAUAGAACAUUUUCUGGAAUCAAACCUCGGGGCUCACAGGAUCACAGGCUCGCUCUUCCCAGCUUUCGGCCUUCGCAUCGAACUCGCAGCACCAGAUUCCAGGAAAAGUUCGUCGAGGCUUACAUCAGCACUCGACGCUUGAGAACGACUACGCGACCCCUGAUCACAAGGACAGGGCCCCGACGAGGAAACUCGUAGCACCGCUCACUCGAAUCCACUAACUGUAUCUAGUGUAGGCCACAACUGCUCGAAAGUCAAAGAAAUUGCAUUCCUGUGGACACACCCCGAUUGCACGAGAUUGCAUGAGAUUGAUCUGACAUUGUGGCAACUGCGUGCUUUGCAUACUUUCUUCGCCUCGGAGCAAUGUCGAGCGUUUUGCGAAAAGUUUCCUUCUCUCGAUGUCCUUGGCUGUUCUCGUUAUCUUAGUGUACAUUAAUAAUCAGAGAAAAGAAAACCUCCUGGACGACACUUGCAGAUCAUGGAUAGCACACGCUCGCCAAGUCUUUGCAUAUACACUAGGUACAAGCGGGGGCAGUGGCAUGCGCGGUGAGAUAGAUUUUGUGGGUGGCGGUCGUAUUUCAUCACAUGACGAUAUGAGUGCAAGCGAGCUUUUUGUUAUCCUUUGGUAUAUCCAUAAUUCCU